AUGAAAAGCCUCCUCCUCUCCGCGUCCGCCCUGGCCCUCGCCGCCGCCACGCCCCUCGCAGAACACGCAAACACCUGCACCCAGGGGUCCAAGCCGCCCUACGGCGCCCUCACGCACAGCGCGUGCCCGUGCUGGAACUGGUACCAGAUCCAGCGUGGCGAAAACGAGUGCGGCAAGGUCGCCGCCAAGUUCAACGUCAGCCGGGACGACAUCAUCCGCUGGAACCCGGACGUGAGCGCCACCGUCGACGGCGUCUUUUACGACUGCAUCAACUUUUGGCCGCAGCAACAGGUUUGCGUCGGCGUCACGCCGCCCAGCCCCCUCCCCACGCCGCCGUGCAACGAAGAGCCCCCGUACCCGGUCGGCGAGGGCACCGUCUGCGGCUGCAAGAAGUGGUAUCAGAUCCAGCGUGGUGAUGAUUGCGGCCCGGUGGCGUCCAAGUUCGGCAUCUCGGCGGACCAGUUGAUCAAGUGGAAUCCGUGGCUGUCAGCGGAUGUCCAAGGCACGCACUACCCUUGUAUGAACAUGUGGCCGACGGAAAAUCUCUGCGUUGCCGCCUAA